AUGCAAGCGUCGCUCGUUAUUAUUGCCUUCUGGCUUACACUCGUUGCCGCCACGCCAUGGACGACCGUCUAUAGUGGCAAUCCCACCUGCAGACCCAAGACUUACACACGACACUGCCCAAGAAAGACUCCCAACGUUCUGGUCCCGUCCUAUGGCGGCCACCACCCCACUGGUUCACCACCUGGGUAUAAAAUAGAACCAAGCCACGGAAUUGUCCAGCCUUCAGCCCCAACCAUCAUUGCACCCCCAGGUCCUGCUGGGGCCAAGGGCCCGUACGACUCCCAUGUUCAACCUGAUGGUCAUCAGCCAGAUUAUCCCCAGGGGAAUAAUUACCUGCCAGAUGAAUACAAGUCGGACGGUCAGCAGCCAGAUCAUCAUCACCCGGAUGGUCAGCAGCCAGACGGUCAGCUACCAACGUCGGCCAGAAGCUAUUGGCCAACCCUUAAGCCUACAGAUUUGCAUCCUACGUACCCGCAGAGUCAAUCCAUCUCAACAUGGGAUACUCAGUCUUGUCCGCCUUCCACAGGUCUUUCUUCCGCGUCGGUCGAGCCCACUACGACCACCACCUUGACGGUUUCCUCUCAUUUGACAUUCACUUACACUCCUACGGAGAAACCCACUUCUGAUCUGCCUCCAUCUCCUUACCCCAGCUCCGUAAUAUCUGAAUCCAGCUCAACAAGCUCCCUGGCUCCGGAUUCGUCAGCAGUCAGCUCAACCUUCGUGGUCUACCCAACGAUCACCCCCAUCCCGACCAGCGAGGCCAGUGCCUCGUCCGUAGCAGCAACGACGGUGACGUCGUUGUCCAUCAAUGGUACCAGUACUUCAACCACGCUCUCCACGAUCACUUUCACCCCCUACCCCACAGGGACAGUACCAGUUACUUCGGAGACUACCUCGUCAACACUCCCAACUAAUAACUCGACGACGCUGACCACGACAACCGUCUCCACAUCUGAGUCCAGCACGUUGUCUUCUGCGCCUACUUUCACUUCGGUAACAACCUCCAUCUCGACUAAUGGGACGAAUACUUCAACCACUCUCUCUACGAUCACAUUUUCCACCUCUGAGACCAGUACAUCUUCUGUGGCGCCGACGACGACAGUCUCGACUUCACUCUCCACCAGUGAAACCAGCACAUCCACGUCACUUUCAACGUCCACUGUGGAGAGUAGCACUUCGGUCACGGAAUCUACAACGGUAUCUACGUCAGUCUCGACGAGUGAGACAAGUACCUCGACCUCGUUGUCUACGUCUACUAUUCAGACAGAUACCAGCACUUCGAGCGUAGCACCCAUCACGACCAUAACAUCUCUCUCAACCAGUGAGACUAGCACCUCGACCUCGCUGUCUACGUCGACCGUGUCGACAGAUACCAGCACGUCGAGCGUGGCACCCAUCACAACCGUCACAUCGCUCUCAACUAGUGACACGAGCACCUCAACCUCGUUGUCUACAUCUACCGUUUCGAUAGACACUAGCACUUCGAGCGUAGCACCCAUCACGACCGUAACAUCUAUUUCAACUGGUGAGACCAGCACCUCGACCACACUGUCUACGAUCAGUUCGACAGUACUGCCGACUUCUAGUACUACUGAGGUCACUACGGAGACAUCGAUAACUACGUCAGCACCGACCUCGUCGACAACCAGUGAAACCAGUACUGAGAUUACUCUGCCCACCAGCGUUUCCACAACGACGUCAACUUCUAGCAUCGAGUCCUCGACUGAGACAUCGGUAUCCACUUCAGUAUCUACCUCCUUAUCAACCAGCGAAACGAGCACCUUCACAACGCUGUCCACGACCAGCUCAACUGAGACAUCAACCUCCAGCACGGAGUCUUCUACUGAGACCUCGAUAUCUACUUCGGUCUCUACGUCUCUGUCGACCAGCGAGACCAGUACCUUUACCUCUCUAUCUACGGUGAGCUCAACAGAGUCCCCGACCUCCACCACCGAGUCUACCACGGUAGCUACUUCAGUAUCUACAUCCCUGUCGACAAGCGAAAGUAGCACCUCUACCAGCCUAUCUACGAUCAGCUCAACCGAGACAUCGACUUCUAGCAUCCAGCCUACAACAGUAGUCAGUUCGACAUCUACAUCCUUGUCGACAAGUGACACUAGCACCUCCACCAGUCUCUCCACGGUCAUCUCGACAGAGACCUUGACUUCUAGCACCGAGUCUACGAGUAGCUCGUCAUCAACCUCUAGCACCGAGCCCGUGACAACAAUCACUUCUGUAUCUACGUCUCUGUCGACAAGUGGGACUAGCACGUCCACCAGUCUCUCCACCAUCACCUCAACAGAGACGUUGACCUCUAGCAGCUCGUCUUCAACCAGCACGUCGACAACCAGCUCGUCAACGAGCACCACGUCCACAAGCUCCAGCACGUCUUCAACCGGAACACCCGCCGCCACAAACGCGGUGCAGAACCCGGGCUUCGAAGACGGCGGCGGCUCGCUGCCGCCGUGGACGACGUUCACGGCGACAGAGCAGACGGGCGAUUCGUCGAGCGUGACGCUGUUCCAGCCGGGCAGCGAUUCGGCCAACGCGGCGCGGCUGUUGGUGCAGCGCACGGGUAGCUUCUCAAUAAACGGCGCCGUGGGCGAGCUCAUGCAGACGGUGGCGCUGGUGCCGGGGGCCAUGUACCAGCUCACGUUCCAGUUCUCGUACGUGGGGACGACGCUCUGCAACACGCGGCUCUUCCUCUUGCCCAACCCGAUGCCGGCGGCCUUCAUCGCCAACCCCAUGGUGCCGGGCUACAGCACCUUCACGCUCGACUUCGUGGCGUCCGACACCACGGAGACCAUCAUCGUCAGUAUCACUUGCCAAGUACAGUCCACGGCCGAUCUGCUCGUGGAUAACUUCAGCGUCCUGCCAGUGUGA